UGUAUACAUAACCUCGACCAAGCCAGUGACUUCUGCCAUCCGCGUCUGCGGCUCCGAACCUCAACUACUCGUCCGCGACUCUCUCUCGCGACCCCCCACCGACUCCGCCCCUAGCCACCACCAGGCCAUUAACCGCCCCUCCCGCCACACGUCGUAAAUCAAAAAUUCGGCAACUUACCACGCCAUAAAUUACUGGCGGACCACUUCCGAUUGGGCGGCAUACUGUACCUCGAUCGGAAGGUUCUACACGUCUACCGUAUCGUCUACCGUGUCCACAUCGAUGAUCUACAUCAUAUUCUCUUGCUAAAGAUGCCAUUCAUUCUUUCAUUUCGUCUACCUCGAACAAUGUUACAACUGCUUGCUGCCGUUGUUGUGACAUUACAUGCAGUGAUUCUAACUCCGGAAACUGAAGCCGCACAUGGAACUCCACCCAAGAUGCUCAUGGACGUCGAGCGGAAGUUCCGAAUUCCCCUUGGUCAGAAACAAUUCAAACUUGUCUGUCCUGUUGUAACAAACGACAAAGACAUGCUGAUGAUACAAUGGACCAAAAAUGGCGAACAGGUGGAGUGGGAUUCACGCUACAAACUUGCAAAAGACGAUCGAGAAUUGAGAAUGAAGUCAGUAAGACUGGAUGACAGUGGACGAUAUCAGUGUCAGGCAACGAAUGGUUUUGGCCAUCGGACUGUUGACUUUACAGUGCAUGUUUAUGAUCCCUCGGAAGAUUCAAUUUCGCUCAAGGAUGCUAUUGUUCUAGCGAAUUCAACAUCUGCUCCUGCGUGGUUGAUCGACAUGAACCUUGACUGGUCAUCUCCUAUGCAAAUCAACCGCGGAGGUCGAAUGGAGCUACGAUGUCCGGCACGAGGAAAUCCGCUUCCGGAAAUACGAUGGUACAAAAAUAACAUUCGUAUCACUACAGACACUCCCCCUCAUAUCGCUUCGUAUGUGAUUGAUCCGUCUGGACUGGACGAUUCGGGUGAAUAUCGCUGUGUGCUGGAAAAUCGCCUAGGUUCAAUUGAAGCUAUCUUCAAAGUUACUGUUGGGGACUUUUUCGACGAUGGAAAGAGAAUCAAUGGAGAUAUCACUUCGGGCCAAAUGCCAGAGCCAAUAAUAGACCAACCGUACAACACUACUGUCAGAGUGGGUCAUACGGCUCAAUUUCUUUGCAAAGCUAAGUCACCACAAAGCCCUUUGAUAAAGUGGCUGAAGGAAGUUGAAGACCCUGCGGCGAUUCAACGUCGUGAUCCAAACGCCACCAUUGUGAAUGCCAGUGGAAUGCACUUAUUGGUACUUGAACAGACCCAAGUCGAAUCUAUCUCUCGAGAAGGGUCCGAACACCUCUACACCAAUCGACUUGUCAUUCCGAUGGUUACUAUGGAACAUGCAGGUCGCUAUAUCUGUGUUGUUACGAGUACACAAGGACAUAUCGUCUACAAAGCUGCUCAACUCAAUGUGGUUGCUGCAUACGACUUCGGCUCGAUUGGAUUCGAUAUGGACAACUUCUGGUACUUUGUAAUUCCUAUCUCUAUAGUAUUCAUAGGACUUGUAAUUGGAGCUAUUGUCUGGCUACGAUGCAAUCAAGAGCCAUCAUCUCCGAAGUGUCUGUCCGGGAAGCCACCCCCACCACCUCGGAUUCCACCUCCGGUAGCACCAGCCGAGUAUCCACGCGGAGUAACCCAGUUCAAUCCGGACUACUCCAUAGAUAAGACCAGAUCGCCAAUAAUCCUGAACAAUUCGAUGUUUCAUCAUAAGUAUCCAAUGGGAAUCGCAACUCUUGAUCGAAACAACAUCCAGCGAGCCCAGCGAGGUAACGACGAACUUUCGAAUUUGUACGAUAACAGCUCGCCUCAGCCUUACUGGACUCAGCCAAUGAUGCAUCGUCCGCUGGCAAACUCGAUUUAUACCGCUUCGUCUGCGAAUUAUAGAACUUUGGAGGUUGGAUAUCCACACUCGCGCAACUAUCCGUCCAUGUGCAGCGACGAAUACUCAGAGCAGGAGCAACCAUUUAUCACCUACCGAAGAUGAAUUAGGUGUUCCCGCUGUGCUCAAAGACGCAUCCGGUUUGAAAGAACAGGGAUCCGCUAGGAAUGGGUCCCAUUACUUGUGAAGUUGUAGACCCGCGUAGACAAGGGCGUACUGUAUUGCUGUUACAAGAACUAAUGUUUUUGUACAUUUGGUGUAUAAGUUGCACCAAUUUCCAUCUACUCUCCUGAUCCUAUGCAAUGACUAUUCCCGAUACUCUCAUUAUUACGGGUCUUCAAAGUUUUCAAUAAGUUUGUUAACAUCAUAGUGUAAUAUUGUAUUUUGUAUUUUUACAUGAUUGAGCCAUAAUUUUUCGAAGAUAUCUUUGUCUUACUUAACUUGUGUAGUGUAUAUGGUAAGUGAUUUUAUGGUUGCUAAUACUAUUACUUGUUGAGCUUGUCCUCGUUCGCCUCCUGAGCUUAACAUCCUAUUCGACACCGGU